GGAGAAGCAGGGCGGGGAGGUACGGGGUUUGGAGGCUGCAGGACCUGGCUGUGAAUCCAGCCAGCUGGUUUCAAACUUUUCUGUGAUCUUCUGCAAGUUAACUAAGUCUCAGUUCCUUGUUUGCGAAGUGUACUUCAUAUGCACCCCAGGGUGAAAGAAAUUUGUCUGCAUAGACUGCAGCACUGUGGGCUUGGGAGGCGCCUUAGUGGGUAGGAGUCACUAGUAUCACUGUCUGACUUUUGACAGAAAUUAAGGUGCAUUGGCAAAGGUGUGCCCCGUGGCCGGACAGGUUGGGAGGAGGGCCUGCUAAUAUUUUUUCUUAAAUUGUAAACAGCCAUAUGGAUGAGCAGUAUAUUAUCAAAUUAUGAUUCGGAGAGAACUAUCGCUGACUACCGUUUUCUGGGCAAACCUCUGCUUCAGGAGCUUCUGGCUUGAUUCUUAAGUGGAAGGUAGAGACCUAGGCACUCUGAGUCAACUCCUCUCUGGUUGAGGACUGAGCUUCGGGAUUGCAGAGUGGAGGCAGAACAGUUGGGAUAGGGAAAAGAGAGGCCAAACUAGAUCUGAGGCUGCCGUGGGCCAGGGGCCUCAGGGUCUACCUACUGGCACAGUGAUGCCCCCUGGCUCCUAUUGCUGGUUCACGUUUGACCAAUCAGAAGUCUCUUUAGCUUAAGGGCGGGGUGUUGGCCAAUGAGACCUUACUGUGAAAUAAAAUGGCUUCAGUUUGUUGUAACUCAGUCACCAUAGAGGAAUGGAGAAAUCUGGAGUAGGGCAGAUGAAAGGCCAUUAAGGGGUAUUUUAGGGAUUGGAUGGGCUGGGCACCGCGAGGACAGUGGCAUUUGGCGUGGUAAUGAGAAGGAACAUUAGAGGCCUCCGCCUCCUUCCUUUCCUCCUGUGCCGAGUCAGCACAGAUGCUGCAGGGAGGUAUCUCUGGUUGGCUGUGGCUGCCUGUGGGGGCACCAGCUUUGGGGAGGUCAGAGGGCUCUCCAGCUGCCGUUCUGCUCGCAAUCACACCUGCUUGAUACCUGUGAAUGGCCUUCUGAAUCUCCUGGGCCCUGCUCACCUCUUGGUCACUUCUGGCCUACCCUGCACUGACGAGUAACUGCCUGAUGACUGGAGGUAUUCUAGCUUAUUGGAAUUCACUGGCCUUUAUUGUUUUUUGUAGGAAUCAAAGAUCAACUCCCACUGAGGAUAAAUGGACGUGUAAUUCUGGGUGUGACUAGAGAGUGAGAUUUGCCUUCCUGAAUUAAAAAGCAGGUCAUUAAGCUUGGGCCCUGACACUUCUUUGUGAGAAGGUACAGAGAUGGAAACCUUACAACCUGAGACCAAAAAGAGGGUCCUUCCCUCAUGGCUGACAGCCCAGGUGGCUGCAAAGAAUGUGGCACCAGUGAAGGCCCCCAAGAGGAGGAGAAUGGCAGCAGUACCGGUGGCAGCAGCAAGGUGCGACAACCCUGGUCAGAGGACUCAUGCAAAACGCGACCGCAAACAGGAAAAGCCCUGCGAGCAGCCGGCCCUGGCGGGCACUGAUAACCCACAACCCUCCCCUCCCUGCUCUGUGUCGCCUCACACGAGUUCUGGGAGCAGCAGUGAGGAAGAGGACAGUGGGAAACAGGUACCAGCCCCAGGCCUCAGCCCUUCCCAGAGGCCGGGGAGUUCCAAUUCCCCCUCCAGCAGGAGCCCCGAGGAAGAGGAGGAAGAGGAGGAUGUGCUGAAAUACGUCAGGGAGAUCUUUUUCAGCUAGGGCAUAAACACUGAACUUCCUGCUGAGAGCAGCUGAGCUUCCACUAGUGCUGCUGGGCUGCUCGCCUGUGGGAAUGGGGCUCUCUGUGCUCCCACCUUUGUGACUUCCUGGGCCUGGCAGAUUCACUCCAGGCCUUGGGGCUGCCAUUCUGAGUAUGCGGAAGCCAUGGCUCAAAAGAGAUCCCAUUCGAAUCCCUCUGUAUGUACUGCGCCCUCUCCCAGCUCUGAGGCGCUGGAAUCCCAACUGUCUGUGGUAGUCAGUCACUAGGUUCCAGGGAGAAUGAUGUCAUAUGCUGGUCCAACUGACUGGAACCAAAGAGACAAUACUUUUCAAAGAAAGGGAUUGCAGCCAGGCGCACUGGAAUUGCUACAGUUUAGUCCGCAUGAUCUCUCCUAAAGGAGGAAGCCUGUUUAAAAAAUAGUUUCCAUCAUGGUCAAUCAAUGAGCUCCCACCUCUCCAGCCAGCCUAGAAGGCAAACGAGCUACCCACAGUUCUCUGCCCUGUCUGGGAGCUUGAGGCCACAGUGUACAGACUGGUAAGCCCAACAGGCCUCCUCCCUCAAGCUGCUACCUUGCUUUCACACGUACCUUGGUCCCCAGGCAGUUGCUAUAAAGCAAGAAGGACAGCCCAGAAGAGACACUGAAGACAAGAGAUCACACCUGAGUCCAUGUUUCCACUUCUGUUUUCAGUGUGGCCUUGGACAGGCAUAGAUGAGUAAAUCAUUUGCCAUACAGGUUUUCCAAUACACAGGUGCUGGAAAAUACACA